AUGCUACCGUGUUUGCGCGGAGAGCGUACUGCUGUGUUCAACAGGUUCCUUGUCAGCUCGACGCAGGAGGAAGAGUGGCAGGAGGUAGCCAGCCAGAUGGACAGCUUGCCUACUUACGAGACGGAGGCAUAUCAGUCGCAAGCACGCAGAAAGUAUGCUGCAGCGAAGGGUGUGCCGUUCGAGGCCGUCACGCUGAAGGACGACAAGGAUGCAAAGGCAACCAACCGCAAGCCGAACAAGCGAAAGGUCCCCAAGGACUUCGAGGAGGCUCCGGACGAGGAUGCUAAGACGACUGAGAAGGACAAGAAGGGCAAGACCGAGAAGGACAAUAAGAAGGAACCCGCCAAACCCAAGGCAAAGGCCAAGGCAAAGCAGGAGGGCACGGUCAAGGAGGCAGAGACCGCCGCCAGGACGGCGGUGCUGCAGAUCCAACGUGCUUCGCAGACCGUGGAGAGGUUGCAAGCGGCCCUGCAUGGCGAGUGGGCAGCCCCGCUCAUGAAGGAGUUUGACUCCCUGCAGGCGGCCUUGAAGAUGCAGGUCACGCCCACGGACGGGGACGGCCGAGGCAUGGCUGCACAUCACCACAUAUCAGUACCAAAUCGAUGGCACUGCAAGUGGAUCCUACCUGCCAGCAAAAACUCUCAGACAGACGAAAAGGAGCCGCCUAGGUCCCUGUCGCUCCGGGUCCUCUUCUUCAGAGCCGACUUCCUGGAACCCUUGGGGUUGGCGUCGGCCUCCAUCGAAACGGCUUUGAACAUGUUGUCCAUCUUGUUGGCGAGGUCCAGCAUCCUGGGCUGA